AGCAUGUUUUUCGCAGCUAUUAUUUCAGUGUUUCCUUAUUUGAUAUAUGAGACCGGCUACUAUUUCAGGGUUGUUGGUUCAGGUAGACCCACUUCAGUUCCUCACAACUCAACUGCUUCACUCUUGCUCCAGAUGUUCUGGGAAGAACACACAACUACUUCACUCGUUCAUGCCUUCAGAUGCAUACUUGCAUGCAAACAUCCUUCAACAUGACAACAUGUAUAAAAACCUUCUCUUACCAAUCGUUUAACCACCAAGAAACACAUAGAAAUAUACACAGCUGAGCUCCAGAAACGAGCACGUCCAAUCCAACCAACAAAACCCCAAGAUGUUGAGCUUCCCAUCACCAGCCGUUCCUCUCACCGUCCUCCUCAUCGCCACGCUCCACGUCGCCGCCGUCCACGCGCAGAUACCUGCCGCGGCAACGACCGGCGCCGCGGUCGCCGCGACAAACCCGCAGUCAGGCAGCGCCGGCGGUGUCGGCGGCGCCGGCGCCGGCGCCGGCGGCCCGGACGCGCCGCUGGAACUCUACAUGCACGACAUCCUGGGCGGCUCGAGCCCGACGGCGCGGCCCAUCACGGGCUUGCUCGGCAACAUCUACAACGGGCAGGUCCCCUUCGCGCGCCCCAUCGGCUUCAGCGCGCCCCGGAACGGCGUGGCGAUCCCCAACGCCAACGGGCAGGUGCCGACGGUGAACGGCAACAACGGCAUCCCGCUGGACACCGGCCUGUCCGGCGCAGGGUUCCUGCAGCCCGGGAGCGGCGCCGCGGCCGCGGCGGCCCCGGCGCAGGUGCAGCUCGGCCCCGACGGGCUCAGCCUCGGGUUCGGCACGAUCACCGUCAUCGACGACGUGCUGACGAGCGGGCCGGACCUCGGCGCGCAGCCGCUGGGGCGCGCGCAGGGCGUGUACGUGGCGAGCUCCGCAGACGGGUCGUCGCAGAUGAUGGCGUUCACGGCCAUGAUGGAGGGCGGCGAGUACGGGGACACCAUCAACUUCUUCGGGGUGUACAAGGUGGGCACGCCGCUGUGCCGGCUGUCCAUCACCGGCGGCACCGGCAAGUUCAAGGGCGCCUGCGGGUUCGCCGAGGUGCGUCCGCUCAUCGCCUCCGGCCAGCACGUCACCGACGGCGCGGAGACGCUGCUGAGGAUCACCGUCCAUCUUGCUUAAGUAGUGGCAAGCCUUGCGUUUCCCGUGGUUGCACUUGUGCUCGAGCUAUAGCCUGAGUUGGUUGUUUCGAACCUGUCAUAUCGGUGCAUGCGUGCAGUGUUCGCGUCUCAUGGAUCAUAUGAUGCUGUAACUGCAAGUAUGUAUUUGUGUCUGCGGGGCGUACGAAUUAUGAAAGCAGUAAAAAUUGUUGUGUGGUUA